CCCCCGUGGGCGCGACUUAGCGUGUCUGCGUCUGCGGCGAGACCCUUCUGGCGUUUCCUGGCAUGACCUUUUCCUUUGACAACCACUUCCUUCUUCCGAGUGUCCAAACGGCCAUCUUUGAUCGCAGCAAAGAGUUGCCCCUCGCAUGGAAAAACGCCGCAGAGGUUUGCUGGCUGCUCGGAGCGGUACGGAGGAGGACGCAGAGUGUUCAUUACUUCUCCCCGGACUCGAACCCCCGAACGAACCCGAAGCGGACGACCGCGUUAGCACAUAAAGCGUACGUUCGUGUUUCCCCACGAGUCACACCCGUGACACAUACGUUGCUAACUCCCAUCACAACAUGCGUGGGAACUACUAACUGCCAUGUUCACCUGCCACUUUGGUCAAUUUUCAGGAUGAGGAAGAAGCAGACAGUCAAGCAGAGGAAGACGGAGGAGACAUCUACUAUUGUCCAGGAGUUUGCGGUGGAGAGAAUAACUCGACGUAGAAUCUUCAAUGGAAAAGUAGAGUACUUGCUUAAGUGGAAAGGCUUCACUGACGCUGACAACACGUGGGAGCCCGAGGACAACCUGGACUGUCCUGAACUGAUCGAGGACUUCCUGAGGAAUCAUUUCUCAGGCGUUGAUGAGGAAGUGGAGCAGGGGUUAGUUCUUAAAGAAGAAAUGGCAGACGAGACGGAAAUUUCCCCGUCACAGACUCACACUCAUCACUACGAUGGUGACGGCGUGGGCGAUGCAGACUCACCCGCCGACCACAGCGCUUACCCUCAGCCGGACUGCAUCAUCGGCUCCACAGACCGAAAAGGAGAGCUGGUGUUUUUGGUGAAAUGGAAGAACUCGGGCGACGUGGCGCUGCUGUCGGCCCAUGAAGCAAGCGCCAGGUGUCCCCAGGCAGUCAUUGACUUCUACGAGCAGAGGCUGACCUGGCACUGCGGCGAAGACGAGCAGUGACGUGUGCGAUUGUAGGCUCAGGUGAACGUGCAGGACCUUUUACCUCUUUUGAGCGCCGUCGCUCAGCUGAUGUCACUGUGGAGACGAAUGCCAAAUUUGUCACGACCUGAAGCCUUUUUCUCGUCUCAACAUGUAGCACAUACACAAUCACUGUACAUAGCAUGUCUUUUUAGGUGGGAAUGUCGUAUUUUAGUCCCUUUUCCCUCUCCCCUUAUCGCUGUUCCUGUGCGCGGGUUGUUGUUUAGAGUGUUGUUGCACAAUUUAUCAUUAACGUUUAGGUGGAAGAAGAAUUAAAUGUGUUAAUGAAUAUAUUAACAUUAGUUCAACAGUUUACAUGCAAUAUACAAUAGAUCCUUGUUUUUAGUGUCUAUUUUUCACAUUCUACAUAAGCUCUAUAAUAACUUGCAUAAUUUGACACUUCUUAAACAUAUUUUAAAACACUAACAUGUCUAAGUUCUUGCCACUAAUUUAGAAUGAAAAAUAACGAAUUGACUUAGAGUCACAGUACCGCCUGAUCGUCAAGCUGCCUUGUCAACCACGCUUCCAUCUCGUGCGGCACCGCCCCCAGCGCCCUCUAAAGCGUCUCGGACUGGUACGCUCCUCCUUGAGAUGCAGGCGUUCCUGAAAUGCGGCAAUCACAUAAUCCAUACCGUUUGCCUGUUAUAUGAUUCCAGUAAGUUUGGAAUAUACUCUUGUGUAGGGCUGGGCGAUAUGGACCACGACUGAUAUCCCAGUAUUUUGAGGCCGAAUAGCAAUUUACGAUAUAUAUCGUUGUCUUAAACAAAACAUGCAAAGUUCUUAAAGUUGCCAAAGUGUUUUAUGUUAGAAAACCAGUGUUGCGAGUACUCAAAUUACUUUUUGUUGUAAGUAGUAACGUAACGUGUUUAUUCUUAGAAAGUAAUUGGUUAGCUGUUACUAUAUCAAAGAAGUUUUUGGUAAAUUUUGUUAAUUAACGUUAGGUUUAUUGCCUCACACUUGUGCGCGGGAAUAGAUGUAGCUCAGACCUGGGCAAAAUAAGGCCCGGGGGCCGCAUGCAGCCAGUUAAGCUUUUCAAUCUGGCCCACAGGACAUUCCCAAAUAAUUUGUUUAGAUAUUUCAGAUGGCAACUGUAGCUGCCAUUAUGAUGUGCAGUGAUGUUUUCAAAUGACCGUAAGUCUCGAACUAUACAAAGUAUUUAAACAGUUGGAAUCUGCGCUUUUGCAUGAUAUAUGAGUUACUAUGGUAAUCUAAUUAGUUACUAUGGUACUCUAUUUAGUUACUAUGGUAAUCUAAAGUCACAGUAGCUCAGACGAGGCACCAAACAGUGUGGGUGGGGAGUGUUUCCACAGAGCGUGAGACUGAAAUUCGGGUGUCGGGGACAGACACGGAAGGAGAUUUUUACAAGAAAGUUCUAAAGCUCAGGGAUAAAUCAGAUACAUCAGUUUGUAGGUGUUUUUUUUUUUUUUUACCUUUCGCGUUCAUAUUUCAAUGUGUUUUGUUGCAUUUUUGUUGCGUUUCGCUUGAUUGUCAAAUAUGUCGAACGAGAGCAGGUGCGACGUUCAUAUGUUGUCAAUUUUCAGUCUUUUAUCGUUCAUAGUUAAUAUUGUAAAUCCCACUUUUUUUUAUUUUCAUGUACAUUCUCAUUCAGUAAAAACAUUUAAAAUUCCA